AUGCCCCCGGCGCCUGAUGGCAAAAUCUACUCGGCGACAUAUAGUAAUGUCCCCGUGUAUGAGUGCAAUGUCAACGGCAACCAUGUCAUGCGCCGGCGUGCUGAUGACUGGAUUAAUGCCACACACAUCCUCAAGGUAGCCGACUACGACAAGCCCGCCCGUACCCGAAUUCUGGAGCGCGAGGUGCAGAAAGGUGUGCAUGAGAAGGUUCAGGGUGGCUAUGGCAAAUACCAGGGUACUUGGAUACCGCUGGAGGAGGGGCGGCAUCUUGCAGAGCGCAAUGGUGUGCUGGACAAAAUGCGCGCCAUCUUCGACUACAUACCCGGUGAUAGAAGCCCGCCGCCUGCGCCCAAGCAUGCGACAGCGGCAUCGAAUCGCAUGAAGCCUCCAAGGCAAACCGCCGCCGCCGCCGCAGCGGCACGGAAUGCAGCAUUCGCCGCCUCGCAGGCGCAGUCGCAGCAGUCUCAGGUCAGCGAAGAAACAUACGAAGCCUCGCAGAUUAGGUCACAAAUCUACCGCGAGGAGACGCCUGAUAACGAGACUGUGAUUUCAGAGUCUAUGCUGGGGGAUGCCGAUAUGCUGGAUGUGUCCCAGUACUCGACCGGCGGCAAUAGGAAGCGCAAGAGGGCAGAUCAGAUGUCCCUUUUGGACCAGCAGCAUCAGAUAUGGGCAGAUCGACUACUAGACUACUUCAUGCUGCUGGACCACGAAGAGGCCGUUUCGUGGCCAGAACCACCGGCCAGCAUAAACCUGGACCGGCCAAUCGACGAAAAGGGACAUGCUGCCAUGCAUUGGGCGGCGGCGAUGGGAGAUGUGGGGGUAGUAAAAGAGUUGAUAAACCGAGGCGCGCGUAUUGAUUGUCUGUCGAACAACCUGGAAACACCCCUGAUGCGCGCCGUCAUGUUCACAAACAAUUUUGACAAGGAGACAAUGCCGAGCAUGGUGAAGAUCUUCCAACAAACAGUCCACAGAACAGAUUGGUUUGGGAGUACAGUCUUCCACCAUAUCGCAGCAACAACCAGCAGUUCAAACAAAUAUGUGUGUGCGAGAUGGUAUCUCGACUGCAUCAUCAACAAGCUCUCGGAAACGUGGAUACCGGAAGAAGUUACACGGUUACUGAAUGCUGCUGAUCAAAACGGUGACACAGCCAUUAUGAUUGCCGCACGGAACGGGGCAAGAAAAUGCGUGCGAAGUCUGCUGGGCCGCAAUGUGGUAGUGGAUAUACCGAACAAGAAGGGUGAGACAGCAGACGACCUCAUUCGAGAGCUCAAUCAGAGACGACGUAUGCACGGCCGGACACGACAAGCUUCCUCAUCGCCCUUUGCGCCACCACCCGAACAUCGACUAAACGGACACGCCCCGCAUCUAGACGGUGGCCCCUUGAUGCCAGUACCUUUUCCCACUAUGGCUGUUCGUGAAUCACCACAGUACCGCUCACAAACCGCCUCACAUCUUAUGAACAAAGUAGCACCAACACUUCUGGAGAAAUGCGAGGAAUUAGCCGCAGCGUACGAAGCCGAACUGCAAGAGAAGGAAGCAGAGGCGUUUGACGCAGAACGUGUGGUCAAGCGCAGACAAGCCGAACUCGAAGCCGUACGGAAACAGGUGGCGGAGCUGCAGGGCAUAGCGAUUGGCCUUCACAUCGACCUUAAUGAUGAAGAGGCCGACCGGCAACAAGAACAAGAGCUGCGGCUACUAGUAGAAGAAGCAGAAUCCCUUCUUGAGAUUGAACAAAAGGCUGAACUCCGACGGUUAUGCAGUAGUAUGCCUCAGCAAAACAGCGACGCAUCACCGGUCGACGCCACAGAAAAGCUGAAGAUAGCAUUAUUGCUACACCGAGCCCAGUUGGAACGUAGAGAACUUGUCAGAGAAGUAGUGGGCAAUUUGAGCGUGGCAGGCAUGAGCGAGAAGCAGGGCACGUAUAAAAAGCUCAUUGCGAAAGCACUGGGUGAGCGGGAAGAAGACGUCGAGUCCAUGUUGCCCGAGAUCUUGCAGGAACUGGAAGAAGCGGAGACGCAGGAGCGGGCCGAGGGCUUGGACGGGAGUCCAUUGUAG